CCAGUCUGUGUUCGCUGCGGCCGCCAUCUUGGUGGGGUCCUAGCGGUACUUAGCAGUGCGUUUUCGAUACGUUACAGCGGAUUGGUGAAGUGACCCAGGUCUCGGUACGGUGGUUGGGAGAUGUCCACGCCGCCCCUGUCGGGAGCCGGUAUGACGGCUGCGAGCGGCCCUGGGCCCUUUCCUGGUGCUCAGGCAGCCGCUGCUGCGGCGGCCGCCCGGGAGGUGAACACGGCGUCUCUGUGCCGGAUCGGGCAGGAGACCGUGCAGGACAUUGUGUUUCGGACCAUGGAAAUAUUCCAGCUGCUCCGAAACAUGCAGCUUCCUAAUGGAGUCACGUACCAUACAAGCACCUACCAGGACAGGCUUGGAAAGCUCCAAGAACAUCUGCGCCAGCUGUCGGUACUUUUCCGCAAGCUACGUUUAGUGUACGACAAGUGCAACGAAACCUGCGCCGGGCUGGACCCUGUGCCGGUAGAGCAACUUAUCCCGUAUGUUGAAGACGAUUGCUCAAAACAUGAUGACCGCAGUGCUGCCAAUCCGCUUCGAUUCGCAGCCGAAGAAAAGAGGGAAAUCAUGGAAGUAAAUAAGAAACUAAAACAGAAGAACCAGCAGCUGAAGCAAAUUAUGGAUCAAUUACGGAAUCUGAUAUGGGACAUAAAUUCAAUGCUGGCCAUGAGAAAUUGAGAAUUUGUGUUUACGAUUUUAUUUUGUAUUUUUUUUUUAAAUACUUAAUGAAGAAAAUGUAGAUUUUUUGUUACAUUUUGUAAAAUGCAAUCUGUUUAAUAAAUAUUCUGUAUAAUACCGAUUUGGAGCUGCUGUGUUUAUGUAUUUUGUAUUUAUGCAAAUGAAUGUUCAGAAGCUAUAAAUGUUUGUUUCAAGACCUA